GAAGCUGUUUAUUUCAGAAUUACCGAAAGAUUCCGGAAUACCGGAUUUGAGGAUGGGAGAUAGUAUGGAUGCGCCACCGGCGGAUUUACCGGACGUGGCUCAGGCUCCACCGGAAAAGGUUGUUGCCUAUCUCAGGCGGGUUGUCCCUGUCAUCUUAGAGGACAACAUAGAGGACGUGAGCGCCUUAGACGCCGUUCUACAGGACAAGAACACCUUAGAGUGGGUAAAAAAGUUUAUUGGAGAUGCCAGCUGCACGGCACUGCUCGUCUCUAGACAUGCACUUAGAGAAGAGGAGGAGGAGGGGGGAGAGGAGAAGGAGGUGGUCACCUAUUCUGUCAGCAACAAUGUUCAGUACACCCCAGGGAAGAUGUCUAGCGUCGUCUGCUUGAAGAAGGGGCCCGUGGUGGAGGCUGAGAAGAAUAUACCCUCCCAACUCAGGGUGAUAUCUCUGAGCGAGGGGUCAGCCUACGAGACCCUUCACUCCUACGUAUCUGCUGCAAUGGCGCCGUUCUUUAAGUCCUUUGUCAAGGAGAGUGGGAAGGCGGACCGGGACGGAGACAAGAUGGCGACUAGCAUGGAGAAGAAGAUUGCUGAACUAGAAAUGGGCCUUCUGCAUCUUCAACAAAAUAUUGAUAUACCAGAAAUCACCCUGGUCGUACACCCAACUGUAUCCACCGUGAUAACUGCCUGUAGCGCCCAGGGAACUAAAGCCAAGGUUGCGGAUUUCGGGGAUAGAGUAGAGGACUCACAGUUCCUUAACUCCCUACAGACUCAGGUGAAUAAAUGGAUCCGUGAGAUCCAGAAAGUGACAAAGCUGGAUCGGGAUCCUAGCUCUGGAACUGCUCUGCAGGAGAUAUCCUUCUGGUUGAAUCUAGAGCGUGCUCUACUCCGGAUACAGGAGAAGAGGGAGAGUGUUGAGGUAGCCCUUACCCUUGAUAUUCUCAAGCAUGGGAAACGGUUCCACGCAACUGUCAGUUUUGACACUGACACUGGAUUAAAGCAAGCUCUAGCUACAGUUAAUGAUUAUAAUCCUCUCAUGAAGGAUUUCCCUAUCAAUGAACUGCUGAGCGCUACUGAACUUGAUCGUAUACGCACUGCAGUACAGGGUAUUUUUAACCAUCUUCGGAAGAUCCGAAACACGAAGUAUCCUAUACAACGAGCUCUUAGGCUGGUUGAAGCUAUCAGCAGGGACGUUUCAAGCCAACUUCUUAAGGUGUUGAGUACUAGACGCCUUAUGUACAUCCCAUACGAUGAAUUCGAGAAGGUGAUGUCUCAAUGCAGUGAACUCUUCACAACCUGGGAUGAUGAAUACGACAAACUCCAGGGUUUGAUGAGGGAUAUUGUAAAGAAGAAAAGGGAUGAACAUCUGAAGAUGGUUUGGAGAGUCAACUGUAGCCACAAGCGACUUCAGGAGCGUAUGGCGUAUAUGGUGAAGUUCAGAAGACAACAUGAGCAGCUUAGAACUGUAAUUGGUAGGGUCCUUAGACCAACCCUAAACUCGCAAGCAAACCUCAGGGAGAUUGAAGCUGCAGGAGAUGACCAACAGCUCAAACCUCUGGAUGCAAUUGACACUGCUGAUGCCAAUGCUAUUGAGGAGGUCAAUCUUGCUUAUGAGAAUGUAAAAGAGGUAGAUGGUCUUGACAUUUCCAGAGAAGGAAGUGAGUCCUGGGAAGCUGCAAUGAAACGGUAUGAUGAAAGAAUUGACAGGGUUGAGACCAGAAUCACUGCAAGGCUCCGAGACCAGCUUGGUACUGCAAAGAAUGCCAAUGAGAUGUUUAGAAUAUUCUCUAGGUUCAAUGCUCUGUUUGUUCGACCUCAUAUUAGAGGAGCUAUUAGAGAGUAUCAAACUCAAUUGAUCCAGAGGGUCAAGGAUGAUAUUGAAACCCUGCAUGAGAAAUUCAAGGUUCAGUAUACUCAGUCUAAGGCUUGCAAGAUGUCCCAUGUUAGAGAUUUGCCACCAGUCUCUGGGUCUAUCAUUUGGGCCAAGCAAAUUGACCGUCAGCUGACAGCAUACAUGCGUAGAGUUGAAGAUGUUCUUGGCAAAGGAUGGGCCAACCAUGUUGAAGGGCAAAAGCUGAAGGCUGAUGGAGAUUCUUUCAGAGCUAAAUUGAACACUCAAGAGAUCUUUGAUGACUGGGCUAGGAAAGUUCAGCAAAGAAAUCUUGGAGUUUCAGGAAGAAUCUUUGCUAUUGAAAAUACUAGAUCAAGAACUGGUAGAGGUAAUUAUCUUAAGCUGAAAGUCAACUUUCUGCCUGAGAUUAUUCAGCUGAGUAAGGAAGUAAGAAACUUAAAAAACCUUGGUUUCAGAGUUCCUUUGGCUAUUGUCAACAAGGCACAUCAAGCUAAUCAGCUCUAUCCUUUUGCUAUAUCUCUCAUAGAAAGUGUCAGAACAUAUGAGAGAAGUUUGGAAAAGAUGGAACCUAAGCAAAACAUUGCUUUACUGGUGGCUGGACUGAGAAGAGAUGUUCAACAGCUAAUUAGUGAAGGUGUAGGACUGGUUUGGGAGAGCUACAAACUUGAUCCUUAUGUUCAACGAUUAGCUGAGAUGGUUGUCAUGUUCCAGGAAAAGGUGGAUGACCUCCUUACUAUUGAAGAGGCCAUUGAAAUGGAUUUGAGAUCUCUGGAGACAUCAGUUUACAGCGCAAAUACAUUCACUGACAUCUUGAACAAGAUCCAAAAGCUGGUUGAUGAACUCAGUCUUAAUGCCUACAGCAAUCUUCAUGCCUGGGUUGCAAGGCUUGAUGAAGCUGUUGAGAGCAAACUUGCUAUGCGUCUAGAGGCUGGAAUUCUUGCUUGGACUAAGGUUCUUGAGGGUAAGGAAGAGCCUGAGGUUGACAAGGAUAUGGACACUGAUGCACCGGCCACUCCUGCUCAUGCCCUUGGAGGAGAUCCGCAGAUCAAGAAGCAAAUGCAUGAUUUCAGAAUCACCAAUCAGAUGAUGUAUCUUCAUCCCUCCAUUGAGGACUGCAGAUAUAAUAUACUUCAGCAGCUAUUUGCCUGGCAGGCAAUAGUGACUUCUCAAAACAGGAUUCAAUCUACCAGAUAUCAAGUUGGUCUAGAUCGCCCAGUGACCCAGACCUAUAAAGAUCUUUUGACCAAGCUGCCUGGUGGAAGUCCGGUGCUUGAAUCUUCAUACUCUGCAAUAGAGAAAACCAUCAAAGAUGUUAACAAGUAUGUUGAGGAAUGGUUAAGGUAUCAAGCCCUUUGGGAUCUUCAACCAGAUGCACUAACAUCCAAGUUUGGUGAGGAUAUCAAUGCUUGGAUGAAACUUCUUCAUGAUAUUAAGAAGUCUAGGGGAACCUUUGAUACUAGUGAGACCAGGAAAGAGUUUGGACCUAUUGUCAUUGACUAUGCCAAAGUUCAGAGCAAGGUGUCAAUGAAGUAUGAUUCUUGGCACAAAGAUGCACUUGGCAAGUUUGGUGCACUUCUGGGCAAUGAGAUGGCAGGAUUCCAUGGAACUGUCACCAAAGCUAGAGGAGAUCUUGAGCAGCAAACUAUUGAUGCUGCUUCUACAAGUGAUGCUGUCAGCUUCAUUACUUAUGUUCAAGGUCUGAAGAGGAAAAUGAAGGGUUGGGAGAAACAAGUUGAAGUCUACAAGUCAGGUCAACUUAUCCUGGAGAAACAAAGAUUCCAGUUUCCAAGCCAAUGGCUUCAUGUGGAUAAUAUUGAUGGAGAAUGGAGUGCAUUCAAUGAGAUCAUCAAAAGAAAGGAUGCCACCAUUCAAAACCAAGUUAACAGCCUUCAAGUCAAAAUUAUUGCUGAAGACAAGGCUGUGGAAGGAAGAACCCAGGAUUAUCUCACUGAGUGGGAGAAGAACAAACCUGUUGAUGGAAGUCUUCGUCCUGAUGCUGCUUUACAAAAGCUAGCUCUCUUUGAGUCUAAAUACACCAGACUCAAGGAGGAAAGGGACAAUGUUGGAAAGGCUAAGGAAGCAUUGGAGCUGCAAGAUGCUGGUCCUUCAUCAGUUAAUGAAGAGAGAAUGGUUGUUGGUUGGGAAGAACUUCAAGAUCUUAAGGGAGUGUGGAAUGAGUUGGGCAGAAUCUGGGAGCAGAUUGAUGAAAUGAAGGAUAAACCUUGGCUGUCAGUUCAACCUAGAAAGCUGAGGCAGCAGAUAGACAGCCUCCUUACCCAGCUGAAAGAUCUGCCCGCAAGACUAAGGCAAUAUGCCAGUUAUGAGUAUGUUAAGAAGCUACUCCAGAGUUACCAAAAGGUCAACAUGAUGAUUGUUGAACUGAAAAGUGAUGCCUUGAAAGAACGCCAUUGGAAAACUCUCUGCAGACAGCUCAGAGUUAAUUGGGUUUUGAACGAUCUGACUCUUGGACAAGUAUGGGAUAUUGACUUGCUUAGACAUGAAGGUACUAUCAAGGACAUCAUUCUGGUUGCUCAGGGAGAGAUGGCCCUUGAAGAGUUCUUGAAACAAGUUAAAGAGACAUGGAACACUUAUGAACUUGAUCUCAUCAAUUAUCAGAACAAGUGCAGAAUUAUCAGGGGUUGGGAUGACCUCUUUAAUAAGCUGAAAGAAAACAUAAACCAAGUGGCAGCCAUGAAGCUAUCCCCAUACUACAAAGUUUUUGAAGAAGAGGCCAUGACUUGGGAGGACAAACUGAAUAGGAUUAAUGCUCUGUUUGAUGUUUGGAUUGAUGUGCAGAGGAGAUGGGUGUAUCUUGAGGGAAUUUUCAGUGGAUCUGCUGAUAUUAAGACCCUUCUCCCUGUUGAGACUAGUAGAUUUAUGUCUAUUAGCUCUGAGUUCUUGACCCUGAUGAAGAAGGUUUCCAAGAGCCCCAUGGUUAUUGAUGUACUGAACAUUCAAGGAGUUCAAAGAUCACUGGAAAGAUUAGCUGAUCUUCUUGGCAAGAUACAGAAAGCCUUGGGAGAAUAUCUUGAGAGAGAAAGGUCUUCAUUCCCAAGAUUCUACUUUGUUGGAGAUGAAGAUUUGCUGGAAAUUAUUGGCAACAGUAAGAAUAUUAGCAGACUUCAAAAACAUUUCAAGAAAAUGUUUGCAGGGAUCACUUCAAUUCUUCUUAAUGAGGAUGAAACUGUGAUAACAGGAAUGGCUUCAAAGGAGGGGGAAGAAGUUGCAUUUAUCACUCCAGUUUCUACAAAAGAACAUCCAAGAAUCAAUGAAUGGUUGUCUCAGGUUGAACAUCAGAUGAGAUUUUCUCUGGCAACUGCAAUGGCUAAAGCUGUUGAAUCUAUUAGAAAAAUGACAGAUGGAGGAGAGCUUGAAAUGAAUCCAUUCAUGGAAUGGCUGGAUCAGUACCCAACCCAGAUAGUGGUUCUUGCUGCCCAGGUUCUAUGGUCAGAGCAGGUUGAGGAUGUCCUCUCCAGGGGAGAUAAGGUCCAAGAGGGGCUUAAUCAGGCUCUCACUAUGAUUGAAAACAUGGUUGCUACCCUGGCCAACAGUGUGCUCCAGGAACAACCAUCUCUUAGAAGGAAGAAGAUUGAAAACCUGAUCAUUGAAUAUGUGCACAAAAGGGCGAUUCUUAGAAGCUUAAUCAAGUCUGAUGUGAAUAAUAACCGUGAUUUUGAGUGGCUCAGCCAAAUGCGUUUCUACUUUGAUCCCAAACAAUCUGAUGUUCUACAGCAACUGUCCAUUUACAUGGCAAAUGCCAAGUUUCAAUAUGGAUUUGAAUAUCUUGGAGUUCAGGAAAAACUUGUUCAGUCUCCUUUAACUGAUAGGUGUUAUCUGACUCUUACCCAAGCCUUGGAUCUUAGGCUUGGAGGAUCUCCUUUUGGACCUGCUGGAACAGGGAAAACUGAAUCUGUUAAAGCUCUUGGUGGUCAACUUGGACGGUUUGUUCUUGUAUUCAAUUGUGAUGAAGCUUUUGAUUUCCAAGCCAUGGGUAGAAUAUUUGUUGGACUGUGCCAAGUAGGGGCUUGGGGAUGCUUUGAUGAGUUUAACAGAUUGGAAGAAAGAACCUUAUCAGCUGUAAGUCAGCAAAUUCAGACAAUUCAGGAAACUUUAAAAAGUGCCAUGACCUCAAAGACCAGUCUUAAUGUGGAGUUGAUUGGCAAGCAGGUUAAGGUUCAUGAAGACAUGGCUAUUUUCAUCACCAUGAAUCCUACAUAUGCUGGAAGAUCUAAUCUUCCUGACAAUCUAAAGAAACUUUUUAGAUCAUUGGCCAUGACAGCCCCUGACAUGACCAUGAUUGCUGAGGUGACUUUGUUCAGUCAAGGUUUUAGAACUGCUGAGAAGCUGUCCAAGAAGAUUGUUCCAUUCUUUAAACUUUGUGAUGAGCAACUGUCUGCCCAGUCUCAUUAUGAUUUUGGACUGAGAGCCUUGAAAGCUGUACUGGCCUCUGCUGGACAUGUUAAGAGAGCAAAAAUCAAUGAAAUCAAGGAAUCCCUAAUUGCUGCUGGAGAUCCAUCUCCAAAUGAAGAGAAGAUUGCUGAGAAGUUACAAGAACAGGAGAUUCUAAUUCAGUCAGUGUGUGAAACCAUGGAACCCAAACUGGUGGCUGAAGAUAUUCCAUUGCUCUUCUCUUUGCUGAGUGAUGUUUUCCCAGGUGUAGACUAUCAGAGAUCCCAGAUGGAAAGUCUGAAGAAAGAGAUAAUGAAGAUCUGUGCCGAAGAGCAGCUGAUCUGUGGUGAGGGUGAGGAGGAAGGAGCAGCCUGGAUGGACAAAGUUUUACAACUUUAUCAGAUUACUAAUCUUCACCAUGGUUUGAUGAUGGUGGGACCCAGUGGUUCAGGUAAAUCCACUGCUUGGAGAGUACUUCUUAAAGCUCUAGAGCGACUUGAGGGCAAGGAGGGAGUAUCGCAUGUCAUUGAUCCUAAAGCUUUGUCUAAGGAGGAUCUGUAUGGCGUUCUUGAUCCAAAUACCAGAGAAUGGACUGAUGGUCUUUUCACUCAUAUCCUCAGGAAGAUUAUUGAUAAUGUUAGAGGGGAGCUGGACAAACGUCAGUGGAUCAUAUUUGAUGGAGAUGUUGAUCCAGUUUGGAUUGAGAAUCUGAACAGUGUGCUUGAUGUGAACAAGCUGUUCACUCUACCCAACGGAGAGAGGUUAUCUAUUCCUAACAAUGUAAGGAUUAUGUUUGAGGUGACAGACUUGAAGCAUGCAACUCAAGCCACGGUGUCUAGAUGUGGAAUGGUUUGGUUCAGUGAAGAUGUUCUCUCAACAGACAUGAUCUUCAACAACUAUUUAGCAAAGCUGCGUCAAAUACCGUUGGAAGGAGAAGAGGAUAGUUUUAGCAGAGAUACCCAAGAGGAAAUAUCUCCUACCCUACAGGUUCAGAUUGAUGUGGCAGGACUACUCCAACCCUUCUUUUCUCCAGAUGGUUUAGUUGCUAAGUGUCUUGAGUUUUCAUCUACUCAGGAGCAUAUUAUGGAUUUCACUCGUCUACGAGCACUUGGAUCCCUCUUCUCUAUGCUAAAUCAGAUGGUGCGUAAUAUUCUGCUGUAUAACCAUCAGCAUGCUGAUUUCCCAAUGCAGCCUGACCAAUUAGAGGCAUAUGUUCCUAAAUCAUUGAUCUACUCUAUUCUUUGGAGCUUUGCUGGAGACUCUAAAAUGAAGAUUCGUCACAAUCUGAGCGAUUUUGUACGUUCUAUUAGCACAAUCGCUCUCCCACCACAGAACAAUAUGGCAAUUCUGGAUUUCGAGGUAACGAUGUCUGGUGACUGGGUUCCCUGGUCCGCCAAAGUUCCACAAGUAGAAGUUGAGACACACAAGGUAGCGAACCCUGAUAUAGUUGUCCCAACCCUGGAUACAGUUCGACAUGAAUCCCUGCUCUACACCUGGCUAGCAGAGCAUAAACCUAUGGUACUCUGCGGACCUCCUGGAUCUGGAAAAACCAUGACCCUGUUCUCUGCACUUAGAUCUCUACCAGAUAUGGAGGUUGUUGGUUUAAACUUCAGCUCCGCCACAACCCCUGAGCUACUGUUGAAGACCCUGGACCAUUAUUGUGAAUACAGGAAAACUCCAAAUGGAAUGGUUCUCUCUCCCGUCCAGUUGGGUGUAUGGUUGGUGAUGUUCUGCGACGAGAUUAACCUGCCUGACAUGGACGAGUACGGAACCCAGAGGGUCAUCUCCUUCCUCAGGCAGAUGGUCGAACAUAAUGGAUUCUAUAGAACAAGGACUGGUGGGGAACAGCAGUUUGUCAAACUGGAGCGUAUACAGUUUGUUGGAGCUUGUAACCCUCCCACAGAUCCAGGCAGAAAACCUCUUUCUCACAGGUUCCUCCGUCAUGUUCCUGUUGUGUAUGUUGACUACCCUGGAGAAACCAGUUUAAAGCAGAUCUAUGGAACCUUUAACAGAGCUAUGCUCAGGAUGAUUCCAACCCUGAGAACAUUUGCUGAACCUCUCACCAACGCGAUGGUUGAGUUCUAUCUUCUCUCUCAGGAGAGAUUUACUCAGGAUAUGCAACCUCACUACGUUUACUCACCUAGAGAGAUGACAAGAUGGGUUCGAGGUAUAUGCGAGGCUAUCCGGCCCCUGGAGACCCUAGAUGUGGAGGGUCUAGUUAGACUGUGGGCCCACGAGGCCCUCAGGUUGUUCCAGGAUAGGUUGGUGGAGGAGGAGGAGAGGGUUUGGACCAACACAAAUAUUGAUGACGUCGCGCUUAAACAUUUUCCAAAUAUUGACAAGGAGAAGGUUAGUUUGUCACCCCUCUUGGUCCCUGUUUUUUUAUCUAAGAACUAUAUACCGGUGGAAAGAGAAGAGUUAAGAGAUUAUGUCAAGGCUAGACUAAAGGUGUUCUACGAGGAGGAGCUGGAUGUCCCCCUCGUCCUGUUCAACGAGGUUCUGGACCACGUCCUCAGGAUAGACAGGAUAUUUAGACAACCUCAGGGACAUCUUCUUCUUAUUGGAGUCUCAGGAGCAGGGAAAACAACACUUUCCAGGUUUGUUGCAUGGAUGAACGGCUUGACUGUGUUCCAGAUCAAGGUUCACAACAAGUACUCGGCCGAGGACUUCGACGAGGACCUUAGACAGGUCCUUAGGCGCUCAGGAUGCAAGGAUGAAAAGAUUUGUUUUAUCCUGGAUGAAUCCAAUGUGAUGGAUUCAGGAUUUCUGGAGAGAAUGAAUACCUUGCUCGCAAACGGAGAGGUUCCUGGGUUGUUUGAGGGUGAUGAACACACCACCCUGAUGACCCAGUGCAAGGAGGGGGCGCAAAGGGAAGGAUUGAUGUUGGACUCUAACGAGGAGCUCUACAAGUGGUUUACUCAUCAGGUGAUGAAAAAUCUUCAUGUUGUGUUCACCAUGAACCCUAGUAGUGAAGGGUUGAAGGACAGAGCAGCAACCUCCCCCGCCCUCUUCAAUAGAUGUGUUCUCAACUGGUUCGGAGACUGGUCAGACAGUGCACUGUAUCAGGUUGGAAAGGAGUUUACAAUCAAGAUGGAUUUGGAUAUUGCCACUUGGAGAGCUCCAGACUACUUCCCUAUCACCUGCCCUGGGCCCAGUAUGCCUCCAACCCACAGGGAGGCGGUCGUCAACGCUAUGGUGUUUGUCCACCAGUCCCUGUACAAGGUCAACAUGAAGAUUGUAAAGCGUGGUGGGCAUGUGAUGUCCAUCACACCCCGUCACUUCCUGGACUUUAUCCAGCACUUUGCUAGACUAUACUUGGAGAAGCGUAGUGGAUUGGAGGAAGAACAGCUUCACAUCAAUGUCGGACUCAACAAGAUUGCUGAGACAGUUGCCCAGGUGGAGGAGAUGCAGAAAUCCCUGGCGGUCAAAUCUGCAGAGCUGCAGUCAAAGAACCUUGAAGCCAACGACAAGCUGAAGCAAAUGGUGAAAGACCAGCAGGAGGCAGAGAAGCAGAAGCAACAGUCCCAGGAGAUCAGGAAGCUUGUGGAACAGCAAACCAAGGAGAUUGCAAUCAAGCGAACUGAGGUAAUGGCAGAUUUGGCUCGUGUCGAACCAGCUGUUAUUGAUGCCCAAGCAGCUGUUAAAUCUAUCAAGAAACAGCACCUGGUUGAAUUAAGAUCUAUGGCUAUGCCUCCACCUAUUGUAAGAAUGGCCUUAGAGUCUGUUUGUGUCCUGCUAGGGGAGAACGUAACAGAUUGGAAAUCCAUCAGAGCUGUAACAAUGAAGGACAACUUUAUCCCAUCCAUUGUCAACUUUAACACCGAUGAUAUCAGUGAGGACGUGAGGAUGGAUAUGCAACAGAAGUAUCUCUCACAGCCAGACUACAACUAUGAAAAGGUUAACAGGGCCAGUACUGCAUGUGGACCUAUGGUCAAGUGGUGUAUUGCACAGCUAGAGUAUGCUGAGAUGUUGAAUAGGGUUGAUCCACUAAGACGGGAGCUCCAGUCUCUAGAGCAGGCAGCAGAGGUUAAGAAGAAUGAGGCUGAGAAGAUGACUAAACUUAUCUCCACCCUAGAGGCUUCUAUUGCCAGAUACAAGGAAGAGUACGCCCAACUUAUCUCCCAGGCAGAGGCUAUCAAGACAAGUCUGAAGACUGUACAGGACAAGGUGGAUAGAUCCAUGUCCCUUCUCAAGUCCCUGUGUAUAGAAAAGGACAGGUGGGAGAAGACCAGUGAGAACUUUAAGACCCAAAUGACAACACUUAUUGGAGAUGUGUUCCUAUCCUCCGCUUUCCUGUCAUAUGGAGGAUAUUUUGAUCAAACUCAUAGAAACAGCCUCUUUACCAACUGGUCUCUUCAUCUUGAGGCUGCUGGGGUAGCAUACAGAGCUGACCUUGCUAGGACUGAAUUCCUCUCAGAUCCUGAUGAAAGGUUGGGCUGGCAAUCUAAAUCACUACCAACAGAUGAUCUGUGCACUGAAAAUGCAAUUAUGCUGAAGAGAUUUAACAGAUAUCCUCUUAUCAUAGAUCCCAGUGGUCAAGCUACUGAAUUUAUCCUUAAUGAAUACAAGGAUAGAAAGAUAACCAAGACUUCUUUCCUAGACGAUUCUUUCCGUAAGAACCUUGAGUCUGCUCUUAGGUUUGGUAACCCUCUCUUAGUUCAGGACGUAGAGAACUAUGAUCCUAUUCUGAACCCUGUUCUUAACCGAGAGCUACGGAAGACUGGAGGUCGAGUUCUGAUUACUCUUGGAGAUCAAGAUAUAGAUCUUUCACCAACCUUUACCAUCUUCCUCUCAACCAGGGAUCCUACUGUUGAGUUUCCUCCUGACAUCUGCUCCAGGGUCACUUUCGUCAACUUCACGGUGACAAGGUCCAGCCUUCAGACUCAGUGUCUCAACCAGGUUCUAAAGGCUGAGCGUCCCGAUAUUGAUCAGAAGAGGUCAGAUCUCCUCAAGCUCCAGGGUGAAUUCCAGCUUAGGUUACGACACCUUGAGAAGAACCUUCUCUCUUGUCUGAAUGAAGCUAAAGGAAGAAUCCUAGAUGAUGACAAUGUGAUCAAUACUCUAGAGAUAUUGAAGAAGGAGGCGGCAGAUGUAGGGCGGAAGGUUGAUGAGACAGAUCAGGUUAUGACGGAGAUUGACAAUACAUCCCGUCAAUAUCAUCCAUUGUCAGCAGCAUGCUCCCAUAUAUACUUUACCAUUGAGUCACUUCAUCAGAUACAUUUCUUGUAUCAGUUCAGUCUUCAGUUCUUCCUGGACAUCUACCACAGCCUUCUUAACAACUCCAAGAUGGAGGAGAUAAAGGACUCUAGUGAGAGACUGACAGCUAUCACAAGCCAGCUCUAUUCAACCUGUUAUGAGAGAGUUGCUAGAGGUAUGUUGCACCAGGAUCGGAUUGUAUUUGCCCUGCUCCUGGCCCGUAUCUAUCUCAAGUCUGCACCAGGAGAACUAUCCAUGGACUCAGAGUUCCAAGUAUUGAUGAGAGGAGGAGAGAAGGUUGCUGCAGUCCCUGUCACCCUACCAGGGUUGGAUCCAGUUCAGUCUGUUGCAAUCCAUAGACUGUGCACAUCCCUACCAGCUUUCAAGAACCUUAUGAAGGCUUGUGAUAACCCAGGAUUGUCUGUAUGGUUGGGACAGAGUAACCCAGAAAUUGAUAUUCCAGAAUCUCUAGGACUCUGGGAGGAAAGUAAACCCUUUACUCCAUGUCAGAAGGCUAUGUAUAAGCUUCUUGUUAUCCAGGCUCUAAGAUCUGACCGUAUUCCUGCUGCUGCAUUACAGUUUGUUGCUGCAGCACUAGGACAGGACUUUAUCAAGGCAGCAGGAAGAGAACCAGACAUGGCACAGGUAGUUGAAACUCAGAUUGAUCCCUCGUCUCCAGUCUUGAUGUGUUCAGUACCUGGAUACGAUGCUAGCUCCAGGGUAGAUGAUCUAGCAGCUGAACUAGGGAAACCUUUAACCUCUAUUGCUAUUGGUUCAGCAGAAGGAUUCAAUGAGGCAGAUAAGGCAAUUAACACAGCAGUUCGAACAGGUCGUUGGGUUCUUUUAAAGAACGUUCAUUUAGCUCCUUCCUGGUUGGUUACUCUAGAGAAGAAAUUGCACACUAUUCAGGCACACACCAGCUUCAGGCUGUUCCUUACUUGUGAGAUUAAUCCUAGCCUACCUGUUAACCUUUUACGGGCUGGACGUAUCUUUACAUUUGAACCCCCACCAGGAGUAAGAGCAAACCUACUCCGAACCUUCUCAACUGUAUCUGCUGCUAGAAUGAUGAAACCUCCAAAUGAGCGAGCAAGAUUAUACUUCCUUCUAGCCUGGUUCCAUGCUAUAGUGCAGGAAAGGUUGAGAUACUCACCCCUGGGCUGGGCUAAGCACUAUGAGUUUACAGAGUCAGAUCUCAGGGUUGCCUGUGACACCCUUGACACCUGGAUUGAAGCCACAGCCAUGGGACGAACCAACCUUCCUCCAGAGAAGGUUCCGUGGAAAGCUAUUCGAACCCUUCUCAGUGACUGCAUCUACGGAGGAAAGAUAGACAAUGAGUUUGAUCAGCGUCUGCUAAAAUCCUUCCUGGAAAAGCUGUUUGUUCCGUCAUCAUUUGACGCAGAUUUCAGUCUUGCAACCGGAGUAAAUGUUGGAGGAACAUUGAGCAAUAUAAAGAUGCCGGAUGGGAUCAGAAGAGAUCAAUUCCUCAACUGGGUUGAACAACUUGAAGAAAGGACUACCCCUGAUUGGUUGGGACUACCCAAUAAUGCUGAGAAGGUACUUCUAGCAAACCAGGGUCAUGAUAUUAUCAUUAAACUGAUGAAGAUGCAGCAGCUUGAUGAUGAAGACGACGAGCUAGCAUAUAGUGAUGGAGAGGGUCAGGCCCAGGUAGUGAAGGAAGGCCGGCCAGCCUGGAUGCGUACACUGCACGGUAGAUCUAGUGAAUGGAUUUCUAUCCUACCUGCAGCGCUUACCCCUCUCAAGCGUACUAUAGAGAAUAUCAAGGACCCGCUAUACAGAUUUUUCGAACGUGAGGUGAACUUCGGACUGAAACUGUUGGUAACUGUUAGAACUGAUUUAGAGGACGUUGUCGCUAUAACAACCAGUGGUAAGAAGCAGACCAACCAUCAUAGAGCUUUGGUUAGUCAGCUAACCAGGGGAAUAAUACCAGACAGCUGGAGAGCAUACACGAUUCCUAAAAGUUGCAGUGUCGCAGCAUGGGUUACUGAUUUCUCGGCUAGGGUUAAACAACUGGUUGGUAUCUCCAAGUGUGUAGCUGGAGGUGGAGCAGGAUCCCUGAAGACUAGUACGGUUUGGAUGGGAGGACUCUUUAAUCCAGAAGCAUUUGUUACUGCUACCAGGCAGUGCGUAGCACAGGCUAACUCCUGGUCCCUUGAAGAGCUCCGCCUGGAUGUAACAGUAGCUGAUGAAUCCGAUAAACCCAGUCUUGACGAUUGUUCAUUCGCUGUUGAGGGACUUAAACUUUCAGGGGCAGUUUGCAGAUCGAACCAGCUUGCUAUCUCUCAUGAUAUUAUAACUUCUCUACAUCUCACUAGGCUCAGAUGGGUCAAAUCCCCUCAAGAAACUGGAUUGAACCGGAUUGAACUGCCUGUUUAUUUGAACUCAACAAGAGAAGAACUCCUGUUUACGGUGGAUCUGCCGGUUAACGUGGAUGAGAAGAUCCAUGAGUUCCGAGAGCGAGGCGUUGCAAUUAUAUCCAGUACUGCACUAAACUAAGGGAUGAUGCAACUUCAACCCGUACUGCACCAAACUGAUGGACGGUGCAGCUGAAUAAGGGUGUUUUUUCGGAACCUUCAGCAUGUUGCUGCUUUAGAAAAUUGGAAUUAUAUUUAAUCUUGCACUGUGAUUUUAACUUUUAAUCUUGUUUCGUUUUAAUUUUGAUUUUGUUUUAACACCACAAAACUAUUUAACCAACCUGUA